AUGCAGACUGUUCGUGAUAAAGCAGCAGCUUUAAGAUCAGGCGGAGGAGCCGCUGGUUGGGCUCCAGUUCUUAUAGCUAUGUGCAGUCUUGGCUGUUGUUUAUUAGUAAUUGCUUUGGUUAUUAUUCUGUCGUUAAUUCCAGUUAUGGUGACUGAUGAUACUGUCGCAGCAAAAACAGUAACAAGUAAAACGUCGAGUGUAACAACUGCUGUAGCAGAUGCCAGACGUAAACGAGUUGCUACUUCCAGCUUAGGCGAUUAUAUUGGUGAUCAAGUUGGUCCAUCAUGCUUGGCUCAAAUCAAAAAAAAAAUGUUUUCAUAUGUACCAAGCAAACAUAUAACCGAUUUAACUAUUAUAAGUUCUACUCUUGGAAUUGAAGCUAAUACAGAUUCAACUAUGAUAUUAACCACUCUAUUCACAGUUUUAUUUGGCGAUGACUGCGGCAAGGAAGGCUGUCAAGAUAUUACAGGCGACGCUACACAAAAAGCAUUUGAAGCAAUGCCAGCAUCAGUAUUCACUUGUUACAGUGUUCCAAUGUAUACGACAGCUGGUGUAUUAGCAGGUUAUGCAUCAGUGCUUCGAGGCUCGAAAAUUAUACAUGUUUCAAAAAUACGUCCCUGGUAUAGUUCACAAGAUUCGGGAGUAUCACCUUCGACCAAAAGUAUGACAACUGCCUCAAUGACUACAGCAAGUGGUUAA